CAAACAAACAAACAAACAAAAAAAACACAGUUCGCUAGCAGUUGCCGCUUAGAGACAACUAAAACAAAUACCAUGGACAAUCUUCUUUCUUUCUUUCAAUACUCAACGACAUCCGAAGUCUCGCCUGAGUCGUCAUUUUGCUCGCCGGAGCCGUACAGUUCCGUUUUCUUCAACUUCAACGACGCAGAAGAACUGCUUUGGAUGGAUUUAUUGGCUGAAGGCGGACGACCCAAACCCGAACCCGAAGAGGUUACUUCCGAGGUUAAACAACCCGAACCGGAGCCCAAAGGGGAACGGAAUUAUAGAGGGGUAAGGAAGAGGCCGUGGGGGAAAUACGCGGCGGAGAUAAGGGACUCAACGAGGAACGGCGUUAGGGUAUGGAUAGGAACAUUCGACAGUGCUGAAGAAGCUGCUUUAGCUUACGACCAAGCGGCGUUCGCUAUGAAAGGAGCGUUGGCUACACUCAAUUUUCCGAUGGAAGUCGUUAAGGAAUCGCUUGAAGAAAUGAAGUAUCGGUGCGAAGAAGGUUGUUCACCUGUCGUGGCUUUGAAGAAGAGGCAUUACUUAAGGAAAAGAUCAUUGUCGUCGUCGACGGUGAAGAACAAGAGAAGUAAACGGAACGAGGUGGUCGGAAAACAACAACAACAACAACAACAACGGAACCUGGUGGUGUUUGAGGAUUUAGGAGCUGAUUACUUGGAACAGCUUCUUAGUUCGUGUUGA